UAAAAAGGAAGACAACUAGAAUUUCGUAGAUGUCCGAUUUGGGUACUUUGGAACUUCCAGCUAGAUGUCCCAAGGGCAGUCGAAUGUGUGGCUCACCUCAGAAGACUGAUCUUGAGUGGAGACAGGGAGGGAUAUGGGAGCCAUUAUCUCUAAGAAAGGAGAUGGCCCAAGGAAAGGGUAGUUUCACUAAAUCCCUGUAAGGUAGUCAGAGCAGGUAAUUAAUUCAGUCAACAAAAAAUAUACACUGUGUGCCAAGGGUCUGUCCCUGGCAAUGGAAAUAAGGAGAGACACCAGGAAGGGUGACAAGGAGAAAGACAAGUAAAACGGUCAACUAUAUUAGGCGGCUGACUGGAGUAAGCGCACAACAGAAAUUCGAAAAAGGAAAUCUAUUUUAUUUAUUUUAGAACUACACGAUUAAAAAAAAAAGAUAUCAAACACAGAAAAGCACAAAAAUUUCCUGCAGUCUCACCAUCUAGAAAAAAACCAGAUUAACAAUCUGAUGUAUCUUUUCAAACUUUGAAUUUUAUUUUUUAAAGGCGGGCGUCCUCUCCCAUUCUGUAAAAAAAAGAAUUGAACUCUUACUGCAAGCGGCGCGCCGCCCGGGGAAGGCUUUGCAGGCGCUGGUUUGGGCGCUGGGAUUUAAGGAAUCGUAUUUGAGAGGGUGAAGACGAUAGAGAGGGAAAGUGGCAUAAGCCUCGCUUUACAGACUAGAAAGUCAAGACCUCAAAGAACGAGGGGCCUUCUCUGUAGGCUCCGCGAAGAAAUGCAAGAGUCGGAGGCGAGGCCCAGAUCCUCGGUCCCCGCCGCCCAGCAGCUGUCGGAAGUGCAAGGCAGCAGGGGGCGGGGACCGGCAGCGGCGCCGGAUCUGCCGGGGCGCGGCCUUAUGACGCAACGACUCGUCUCCCCUGUCUGGCGACCCAUUGGUUCUCCACUACCACCCUUCUCCCGGGUAGGGAGACUGGUCGCGGAGCCGGAAGCGAAGUAGCCUUUGGGUUCGAGACAGCGGCGGCGUUUAAAGCAGAACGACCUGUUGCCAGUGGAGCUGGCCAGCUUCUCCAUUCAGGCUCCAGCCCGAGUUGGAGAAAAACCCCGGAAUUCCGGUGGCCCAUGGGAGGGCGCAGUCUCGGAUCGAGAACUAUCCGGCACAGACCGAAAUAGCCGAGCCUGUGAGGGCCACCGGAAACCCCGCCUCUAGGAGGAGUCGGGAAGCCUUGCCAGAGGUAGGAACCCAAAGGGACGGCUCCUGGGGUGGGUCCCACGGCCAUGGCCACGCCCCCCGGGGCCGGUCCCGCCGCUCUUCGCUUCGCAGCCGCUGCCUGCUGGCAAGUCGUGCGCGGACGCUGCGUGGAGCAUUUUCCGCGAGUAUUGGAGUUUCUGCGAUCCCUGCGCGCUGCUGCCCCCGGCUUGGUUCGCUACCGACACCAUGAACGCCUGUGUAUGGGCCUAAAGGCCAAGCUGGUGGUGGAGAUGAUCCUGCAGGGCCGACCUUGGGCCCAGGUUCUAAAUGCCCUGCAUCGCCACUUCCCAGAGUCUGGACCUGCAGUGCGGGACCCCAAAGCCACAAAGCAGGAUCUGAGAAAGAUCUCAGAGGCUCGGGAAACCUUUUGCCAGCAGGUGAAGCAGCUGGCAGAAGCCCCUGUUGAUUUGGCUUCGAAGCUACAGGAACUUGAACAAGAGUAUGGGGAACUUUUUCUGGCUGCCAUGGAAAAGCUGUUUUUUGAAUACCUGUGUCAGCUGGAAAAAGCACUGCCUACACUGCAGGCACAGCAGCUUCAGGAUGUGCUGAGUUGGAUGCAGCCUGGAGUUUCUAUCACUUCUUCUUUUGUCUUGAGCCAAUAUGGUGUGGACAUGGGGUGGCCACUUCCAGAGUGCUUUGCUACUGAUUCAGUGAACAUGACAGAGCCUAUGGAGCAGAGUCCUCCCCAGCAACCAAGACCAGCACUCCACGACCCUCUGCCAAAAGCCCGGCCUGGCCCACACCUUCCUCAGGGUCCAGCCUCAAGGAAGCACCCGGAACCUUUGACUGGCCACCACUUCAAUCUGGCCCCUCUAGGCCGGCGAAGAAUCCAGUCCCGGUGGGCAUCCACUAGCAAAGGCCAUAAGGAGCGCCCCACAGUCAUGCUGUUCCCCUUUAGGAAUCUGGGUUCACCAACGCAGGUCAUAUCUAAGCCUGGGAACAGGGAAGAACAUGGGACACACACAUUAGAUCCAGCAGGUGCUGUGGGCACCAGACCAGCCUCGACUGGCAAGUCUAGGAGUCCGUCCAAGACCCUGGGAGGAAGGGCUCUGAAGGAGAACCCAAUUGACUUGUCUGCCUCAGAGCAAAAGGAGAACUGCUUGGAUUGCCCCAUGGAACCCCUGAGAUUGUCAUUAUCGCCUCCUAGGGCCAGGAAGUCAGUGCGUCCUCCAUCUCUGUGCAGCUCUGACAUUACUAUAGGGGACCUGGUUUUGGACUCCGACGAGGAAGAAAAUGGCCAGAGGGAAGGAAGGGAUCCUCCUUCUGUGCCCUCCUUACCGAAAGCCUUGGCCACAUCCCCGGGACAGUUGCAGCCUCCGUCCUGCAAAGUAAGGAGCACUAUGAAGAGAGAGCAUGGAUGCCCCAAGCCCUCUAGGAGGUCCCAGUGGCCCACCUCAAAGCUGACAGGAACCCAGGAGUCCUGAUUCACCUCUACCAGCGCCUCCAGACCUGCCAGAGAACCCAGAUGUCUGGCAGCCUCACACCCUACCCUGCCCUUGGCCUUACGGAAAUGAUGUGGCCUUUGAGGCCAUGGGCAGCAUCUGCGCACUCCAUCACUGCGCUCAGCUGUGGAUACCCCACUCCGGUCUUCUUCCGGGUGGUACACACAGAGCCUGAGAAGAACGUGACAAGGAUGAGAGGAAAGUUCUCCACAGGUGUCUGCCACUGAAGCAGUGGCCAGUGGCCCCCAGUGAACCAGCUUACCUGGUCCAAUUCCCACUUUGAUGAUGUCAGCCCCAGAGAGAAUCAGCUCUUCCACCAUCUCUCCUGUUACCACAUUCCCUGCCUGGGACAGAACCAUCAAAACAAAGCAUUCUUAGGGUCAGAAAAAGAGGCGAUUGCAUGCUUCCAGCAUUAUUACAAAGAAGAGUACCUCGGUUCCCUCUAUCUGGGCCCUCUGAGGGCUUUUAGACCAGUCACUUCAAAGGACCCUGCUUUCCAAGCUGAGGUAAGGGGGUGAGUGGCCAGUGUCACUGUUGUACUGGGGUAAAGCGGGGGUCCAACUGGAACAAGCUCACAUCUGAUUUACAGUAGAUUUAUCUCCCCCUCCCCUCCAAAAGACUCAAACACAGCCUUUGCUUAAGCUGUUAUGUCAUGAAACCUCUCUGGCUUCCGGGAAACGGGGAGGACAUGGUACUGUCGGCUAAAUACCCAUCUACACAAUUGUAUUUGCUUUUGAUGGACAGAACAGAGAGACCCCUCAAUGCUGCGAAGAAAGUAAGGCCUUGUCAUCACUCCCCUGAGCUUGUAAAAAAAAAUAAAAUAAAACAUCAUUUCAUGCAACCCCUUCAAUAUGACUGUAGUAUCUGUCCACACCUUUGGGCAGGUGUGUAUGUACCAGAGGUAUGUAAGAUGCAGAAAUGUUCCACUGUGGUUUAGUGAGUGAUGUCGGGCACUGGAUUUACAAAGACUAGGUAUCAAGGUUUGGAGAAGACGGCACUGGCCAGUACACAAACAUUUAAAGCAGGGAACCAUGGAUAAUCAUCCAGUGACAUGAUUAAGCGGACUAGGAAAUGCAGCAGAGGAGAAAGGAACUGGUGUAACAAAAUGGUGUGGCGGGAAAGAGUGGAGGAAGGAGAGGAAUGGACCCACUACAGGGUAAU